AUGCCAAUCCCGAUGAUGUGCAUGGAGAUUAAUCAGUAUGUCGCACGAGGUAUUCGAGAGCCCGCGAUGUUCGACCUCUGCUUCAACGCUAGCUCAGCCAUGCCAGGAUAUCUUACCAGCAGAUGUGUGGUAUAUCGUCUUUCACACGACGAUUUCAGUGAGAACAUUCGCAGCCAUGUCCGCGAAGCCACGAUCCUGAGUAUUGGCGAUGUUGACCUACUAUUCAAGGCGUUGAAGGUAGUCAGCCGGUUACCGAAUCUUCAAAACGUGAUCCUAUAUAGCUCAAAGCACCUAUCCCCGGGGUUCAUCGAGGCCUUAGUAGCCCACCCUCGUCGGCCGACGCUAGAACUACUCGACCAAGAUGGAACUAUGAAGGCUCCCAUGAAGCUCUCUCCAGUAUCAUCACUACAUGCGGCUGUUGAUGUAGGAGCUGGCAUACAUGAGGGGCCAAAUUCGAGACUACUCGCCCUGCAGAAGCUUCUUUUCGCUUGUCCAAACCUCCGCUCCUUGUCCUUGAGCGUGGUUGAUCAGCAUGAUCACUGCAACCUGCGUCACCUUAUGUUUCCCAGCAUAACCAACUUUCACCUAUCAGAGCCCGACGUAUUUCCACCGAUCAAGGACUUAUCUCUAAACGGAUACCAGAUUGGUCACCUCGAAUGGCCACACUGGAGAGACGGAUUUCGCUGGGACCAACUCUCCUCGUUGACUCUCGGGCCCCAACCUGACCGUCACAAUCUGGGCCUACUUACGGGUUACGUGCAGCAUCUACGCCAUUUCACUCUACUGGCAUAUAAUGAAGAAGAAUCAGUACCCGCAGAGGACAUUGAUCGGUUCCUCAUGGCCUUCACGAGUCUGGUCCAUCUGGAGAUAAGGGGCCACUCAUGUUCGGUUGAAGCCGUCACGAACCAUCCUGGUCUAGUCCAUAUUUGCCUCCAUGAAUGCGAACGGAGCCCUGAGCAGCUCACACAGUCGGGGUUAUCCAUCCAUCGUGAAACACUAACCGCGCCCGACCUCGAGCUUCUACAUUCAAGAUGUCCACAUAUCGAGGACUUGGAGAUAGAUUGCAAUCGCCGAGAUGGGCAAUGGGUAAAGCACACUUCCAAGGUCUAUGAUACCAACCACUGA